AUGUAUGCAGAACCCUUGCACCUGUGGGACUCAUCUUCUAAAGUUCUCGCAAAUCUCACCACUAGUUUCACAUUCAUCAUCGACAAGGUGAAUGAUACCUCAUAUGGUGAUGGCUUUGCCUUUUACUUGGCACCUCUUGGGUACCAGAUUCCUCCAAACUCAGCAGGUUCAACUGACCCACCAAUGAAACAUGUGGGGAUUGAUGAUAACUCUCUCACAUCUGUGGCUUUUGCCAUGUUUGAUAUUGACAACAACAUUGGGAACCCUUGUCAUGCUUUGAUUACUUACACUGCAUCCACCAAUACUCUUGUUGUGUCUUGGUACUUCCAUGGAAACACAAGCAAAAACACAAGCAUAAAUUCUUCUCUUUCUUAUCAGGUUGACUUCACGAAGAUUCUACCAGAGUGGGUGAAUGUUGGGUUUUCAGCUUCAACUAGCCUUGCCACAUAA